GGUCAAGCCGCUGGUUAGGAAGCGGCUGCAGCUGGCCCGAGCUUCUGAGGCUUACAGGCCAAACGAACAACUGGUUGGUGCUUAGACCCCUGCCGCAGCGGCGGGUCCCUCCACGUGCUUUCGGCGGCGACAUGGAGCUGGAGGAGUGGGGGAUCCGAGAGGAAUGUGGCGUGUUCGGAUGCAUCGCCUCAGGAGAGUGGCCCACGCAGCUAGAUGUGCCGCAUGUGAUCACUCUGGGACUCGUGGGGCUGCAGCACCGGGGUCAGGAGAGUGCUGGUAUUGUGACCAGUGAUGGGAAUUCGAUACCAACAUUCAAAACACACAAGGGAAUGGGUCUUGUCAAUCACGUCUUUACUGAAGACAAUUUGAAGAAAUUAUAUACUUCAAAUCUUGGAAUUGGACACACGAGGUACGCCACUACAGGAAACUGUGAAUUAGAAAAUUGCCAGCCCUUUGUUGUUGAAACACUUCAUGGGAAAAUAGCUGUGGCGCAUAAUGGCGAAUUGGUAAAUGCUGCUCGCUUAAGGAAAAAGCUUCUGCGUCAUGGUAUUGGUCUGUCAACAAGUUCUGAUAGCGAAAUGAUCACCCAGUUACUGGCGUAUACCCCUCCUCAGGAACAAGAUGACACCCCAGACUGGGUGGCAAGGAUUAAAAACUUAAUGAAGGAAGCACCCGCGGCAUACUCUCUGAUUAUAAUGCACAGAGAUGUGAUUUAUGCAGUACGAGAUCCGUAUGGAAAUCGUCCUCUGUGCAUUGGUCGUCUUAUUCCUGUAUCUGAUAUAAAUGAUAAAGAAAAAAAAUCUUCAGAAACAGAAGGAUGGGUGGUGUCUUCAGAAUCUUGUAGCUUUUUAUCUAUUGGUGCAAGAUAUUACCGUGAAAUCUUGCCUGGAGAAAUUGUGGAAAUAUCCAGACAUAAUAUCCAAACUCUUGAUAUUAUACCAAGGUCUCAAGGAAACCCAAUGGCUUUCUGUAUCUUUGAAUAUGUUUAUUUUGCAAGACCAGAUAGUAUAUUUGAAGACCAAAUGGUUUACACAGUAAGAUACCGUUGUGGUCUGCAGCUGGCAAUUGAAGCCCCUGUGGAUGCGGAUUUAGUUAGCACUGUCCCGGAAUCUGCCACGCCUGCUGCCCUUGGUUACGCAGCAAAGUGUGAGCUUCCGUAUGUGGAGGUGCUAUGUAAAAACCGGUAUGUAGGAAGAACAUUCAUUCAGCCAAACAUGAGGUUAAGACAACUUGGUGUUGCGAAAAAAUUUGGAGUAUUGUCGGAGAACUUUAAAGGCAAAAGAAUUGUUCUUGUAGAUGAUUCAAUUGUGAGAGGCAAUACCAUUUCACCCAUAAUCAAAUUGCUCAAAGAAUCUGGUGCAAAAGAGGUACACAUUCGAGUAGCUUCACCACCAAUUAGAUAUCCAUGCUUCAUGGGAAUAAACAUACCAACAAAAGAAGAGCUUAUUGCCAAUAAACCAGAAUUUGAGCAUAUCUCAGAUCAUCUAGGAGCAAACAGUGUUGUGUAUCUAUCAGUAGAAGGACUGGUUUCAUCUGUACAAGAAGGGAUAACAUUUAAAAAACAGAAAGUGAAAAGGCAAGAUAUUAUGGUUCAAGAAAAUGGGAAUGGUCUGGAAUGUUUUGAAAAGAAUGGUCAUUGUACAAAGGAAGAUGUUAUGGUUCAAGAAAAUGGGAAUGGUCUGGAAUGUUUUGAAAAGAAUGAUCAUUGUACAGCUUGUCUGACUGGAAAAUACCCUGUGGAACUGGAAUGGUAGCUUCUAGGAGCAGACACGAUGUUUCAAAACAAAAAGUUAGUGGAGAAGUUAUAGUGGUUACACCUCCAUUUACUGUUACUCGGUACAGU